AGAGCGGCGGCGGCGGAGGCAUUGUUUAGUCGGCUGCUCUGAAUGGUGCAGGGAUCAGGACAGAGAGAGAGAGAGGGAGAGAGAGAGAGAGCCGGCGAGGAGGAGCUCUUUAUUUGGGGCAGGGAGGGUGCGUUUGUAGAGGGUGAGGGGAGGAGGAAGAGGAGGAGGAGAGAGAGAAGCAGCGUGGUUAGAGCGAGUUGAUGAGGGAGCAGGAGUAGUAGCGGUGCAGACACAUGCCGUCUCGCUGAGAGGGAGCAGAAACAUGGACUAGAUUUGGCUGUUCUUUUUCUUUUUCUUAUCAUUUUUGGUGUCACACGGCCUGAAACGAAGGAUUUUCAGACAUUUGAGGCCGAGAGUGAAAACGCUGAAGACAGAUGGCAAGCUGUGUUUAGCUGACCUCCCUGCCUCCUCUCUGCAAUACCAGUGCGGAUCAGUGGACUACCUGUGUUCCCCACGGCUGGUGAAGAAAAUCCAGACCCCCAGACCAUGUCACGAAAAGCCCGCCAUCAAACCCCGACCCCAGCCAUCCUCCUCGCCCAGACCUCCAACCGCACAGAAACCUCAAGUGCCCCCUAAACCGACGCACCUGCUCGCCCUUGGGCAAGAUAAGAAACCGAAGAGGAUCCCCCCAGCACCUUCGAGACCUCUGCCAGCUCCCCCUCCACCACCUAAACCGAAGCCCAGUGUGACUCCUCCUGGCCCGGGUGCACAACCACAGAGAGAGGCGCAGAAGGUGGGGCAACUCAUCGAGAGGUUCGAAAAUUCAAAGGUGCCCAUCCUGGGGGUGCUCCCUCGCUCACAGCUGCAUCUGUGUCUGAGAAUGGACCCUGCGUCAGACAUCACUUCCCCCUGCGGCCAGGACUCCGACACGGCGAAGGUUGCAGGAGAAUCCUCCCCUGUGGACAAACUUGCACUUAGCACCUCAGAACGGACUGGCGAAGUGUCUGAACUUUCCCGCCUGGCCUCUGUGCACCUGGACAGCUCGGACGACACGCCGCUGGACGACUGUGACAUCACGCACGAUGGCGUCAGUUGCCUUGAUGUUGUGGAGCCGGAGGAAGGCUCCUCCCAUGAGCUCCUGGACAAUCAGGACUCCUCAGAGCAAAACGGGAAGAUUCCUAACCGGGACAGCGGCAUUGACAGCCCUUCCUGCACCGCAGAGGGGGAAGUGUUUCCCAAUGAGGACGCCAUUGAUGAGGAGGAUCAUUAUGACAGUGUCACAGAAACAGAGAGUGUGUCCUGCUGUGUUACCCUGGGGAACAAGAGAGACUCAACACAGGAUGAGGACAGUGACCUGGAUGAAGGCAGCAGUGGAGAAAUACACUCUCUGACGGACACACAGACGGGCUAUCUGACAGAUGCACACUCAGAGGCGCACAAAUGCUCAGAGGCCCAGAAGCUCCUCAACAUCGCCAAAGAGCUUCUCCAGACUGAAGAGGCCUACGUCAAAAGACUCAACCUCCUCGACCAGGUAUUUUGCACUAAGCUCACAGAAGCUGGAAUCCCUCAGGACGUCAUUACAGGGAUCUUCUCCAAUAUCUCCUCCAUCUACUGCUUCCAUGACAAGUUCCUGCUCCCCGAGCUCAAGACGCGUAUUACUGGAGAAUGGAACUCAAACCCUCGCCUCGGAGACAUCCUCCAGAAACUGGCUCCGUUUAUGAAGAUGUACGGUGAAUAUGUGAAGAACUUCGACAGAGCUAUGGACUUAGUCAACACAUGGACGCAGCGGUCGUCACAGUUUAAGAGUGUAGUCCAGAACAUACAGAAACAGGAUGUGUGUGGGAACCUGACGUUGCAGCAUCACAUGCUGGAGCCGGUCCAAAGGAUUCCUCGCUAUGAGCUGCUGCUGAAAGACUACCUGAAGAAGCUGCCUGAUGAUGCUCUGGACAGAAAAGACGCAGAGAAGGCAGUGGAGCUAAUCUCUACAGCAGCGAACCAUUCCAAUGCAGCAAUAAGGAAAAUGGAGAAAAUGCACAAGCUGCUGGAGGUUUAUGAGAGGCUCGGUGGAGAAGAAGACAUAGUAAACCCAGCCAAUGAGCUCAUCAAAGAAGGACAUAUCAAGAAGAUGUCAGCCAAAAAUGGAACAGCACAAGACCGAUACCUCUACUUGUUCAAUAACAUGGUGCUAUACUGCGUGCCUAAACUCAGACUGAUGGGACAGAAGUUCAGUGUAAGAGAGAGGAUCGACAUCGCUGGCAUGGAGGUGCAGGAAAAUGUGAAGCACAAUCUCCCUCACACGUUUGCCAUCAUCGGUAAACAGCGUUCACUGGAGCUGCAGGCCAGGACAGCUGAGGAGAAAGAAGACUGGAUUCAGGUGAUACUGGCCACAAUCGAACGGCACAAACAAAACAGCGAAACAUUCAACAAAGCUUUCAACAUCUCCUUCUCCCGCGAAGAUGACCACGUCCCUGAGUCACCGGGUCCCUGGUGCAACACAUCCAUCGACUCAGACAGUGAAAGACUGCAUGAAAGGAAAAGCUCCCGGAAAAAAGAGAAAGAGAAGCAAACGUGUAAAGGCUGCAAUGAGAGCUUCAACUUCACCAAGCGCAAACAUCACUGCAAGUCCUGUGGAGCGGCCAUCUGUGCAAAGUGUUCAAAGACCUUGGACAACAAAACCAGCCGAGUGUGCCCGGAGUGUUUCGAAGCCAGCCUCAGCCUGGAGAAUUUGGGUGUUAGUGAACAGAAAAAGAAAGCUGGGCCUGAGAGACAGACAUCUCUAACAGGAGAGAACUGUGUGCUAUGUGGCCACCUUCAAGUGCAAGAGAAAGGGAAGAGCUGGACCAAGAUGUGGGUGGCUCUCACCAAGGCUGAGCCCCUGGUGCUGUACUUGCAGAGCAAUGGACAGGACUCCAAGGGUGCUCGGGCAGUGCCUCUACCUGGUUUUGAUGUGAGCGUGGUACUGCCUUCAGGAGGGGAGAAGUCAGAAGUCAAACACGCCAUGCGGCUCACUCACACUCAGCAAACUUUGCUCUUAAGUGCCCAAGAUGCAGAACUUCAAGCCAAGUGGAUGGAUGCACUCUCCAAAGCGGCCCGUGGAGAAACACCCACAGAUACACCGGUCAGCCUGACUGAACACAGGAAGAGCCAGUAGCGGCUGUGUUGGUGUGACAGGACUCCCUCCUCCCUCCCUCUCUCCCUCCCUCCCUCCCUCUCUCCUGUGUAUAGAGCACACAUUACUUGAAUUCACUUACCUUGGCACUUUUUAGUUUUGUUAUGUUUUUUCCCCCCCUUCCAAAGGACCACUCAAUCCUCCCUAUGCCACUUCAAUCUUCUCCUCGUGACCACUUCUUCUUCUUCUUCAUUUCCAUCUUUCAGUCUUUGUCAAACACACAAAAACAAGAAGGACUAUGCUUUCAAACCACCAACACCUCUGUGUGUGGUGAGGUUGAUUUUAUUACUCUCAGUGUUUUCAACAGCCAGAGAGGACUAAAUAUUUUAUUUGUAAAAUAGCUAAAGAAGGUUGUUUUUUUUAAAGAUGAAGUUUCUUGUACAUUAUGAGACCGUGUUGUGAAGCAUUAAAUCUUAUAUGUCUGUUUUUCCAUUUGUGUGAAAGCGUGCGUGUGUGUUUGAGUGUGAGGCCCCUCCUGUGUUUAUUAAGUAUUGAAUGUUAGUGUAAGAAAAACCUGCGCCACCUUCCUCCUGCUGGGAACACAGUGGCAGAUGAGUGGGUAUUGUACAGUAUGUAUACUAUAGUGCGAUGUAAGGAAAAAAAAGACAUUUUAACUUAAAAAGACAGAGAUGUGUACGCUUGUGGCUGGCCACCUGAUGCUCCCACUGUCCGCUCCCAUAUUACAGACCCUCAAUCCUCUUUAUUGGUAGAAACCUGCUUCCAUCUUUGUCUCUGGACUCUUACGAUCUCUAAUCUGAGACUGAUCCAGCACAUUUCCUCUCUUUCAUUACUGUGAUUUGUCUGGAUGAAAGAAAACAGCCAGGAUGGGGAUCACGUGGCCUCAACUCUGACCCAGGUUCAGUCCUUCAGUAUCUCCACUUGUACACAUGCUGAAUAAAUCCUUUCCAUGUUAUUCUCUCUCUCUCUCUUUCUAUCUCUUUCUGCAUAGCAACAGUUUCCCUGCUUCCCUCCCUAUGGUGAUGUGAUGGAAACCAAGUACUGUAAAACUGUUAAUUCUGCCUUGACCCCUGUACCCUGCUCCUAUCAGCACCAGCCUUUAAGCAAACGUAGCAAAAAAAAACAACUUGUCAAUGGAUCUAUUUGUGCAUGUAAACUCACUCAUAUUCAUGUACCGUGCUAUGAAAUCUUGACCCUGUCCCUCUUUUUUAUGCUCCAGGAUUCAUUCUUGUUGUACUUUAAGUGAGCUAAGUCAGCUUUGAGUGUUUUUUUAAACAUGGAUUGUGCACAGUGGAAAAGCAGUCAAGCAUAUCAUCAAUAAAACAGAUGUUGUGAAUCAUA